UACAACUUUGAUGACGAUCUGGAGGAUCUGAUUGCGGAGGAAUCGAAUAUUGACGAGGAGCUACAGCUCGGACCAGGUCACUCAGUGCAACUGCUACCCUCGGACGUGUUCAACGAUGGAAAACCGUUCUACGUCGAGCGUGAUCCAUCGACCGGUGCAAUCGACUUCAAUCACAAAAAGACGGUCAACCAGCUGCCGACGGAUGAUCGUGGUAACGAUGGAUUGACGGCACUGUACGGGAGCAAGCUACCGUUCGGUGCGUCCCCCAAAGAGAGCUACGUGAGCGACAAGAAGGACGUGAUCGUACACCAUUCGACGCCCAAUUUCCAUGACUUUUUGAAUCUGCCCAAAAUGUACUCACCGGAGAACUUUGUCUCGAUCUCGAGCUCGUACGCGAACCUCAAGUAUCAGGGCAUCAACAAUAAGGGUUCGUCGAACCAUCGCGACCCAACGCUGACGCACAUUGUGGCCGCCACAUCCGCCACAACGCCUGCUUCGACGACAACGCACGCGACAACGACCACAGGGGCACCGGCGUCAUCAUCGACGAAACACUUUUUCAAUCGUCCACAGUACAGUCCAGUGGGGAGACCAGGUGGAGGACCAACGUAUACCUAUCCGGUCACUUCCGGACGUCCAAUUACGACGACGAGUACGACGACCACCACGAGCACAACAACGGAAGCUCCGAAAACGACGCAGGAAACGCCUUCGAGUACCGCGAACCCUCAAAAGCAGCAACUUUUCACGCGCUACCCUUACAAGAGCACGAUCAAGAACAAAUAUUUGGAGACUUCGGAGCAGACCAGGAAGAAGUUCUUCCUUCCGUCGACGUUGGCACUCCCCGGACCAACAACAACGACCACUGAGCGUGCACCAUCGACACCGAUGCGCUCCUCGACCUACUACUCCCCUUCGGUGCGGCCACACUGGCCAACAACAACAACGAGCACAACAACAACGACCACCACCACCACCACCACGCCUGCACCCAGUUCCACACCACCAGCUCAUCCCGUGCGCUUCGUGGAUGAUUCAAUCGAUCAACAACAACAGCAGCAACAGUCCGGUGGCUCAAAGAUCAAGUUCACGAUGCCUGCCCUCAAGUACGAAGGUUCACGACCGGCCCCGUUCCGCCGGAUGCCAACGCAGCACCCGAACCAGCAGCAACAACAAAACCAACACCCGUCUGGUGGUCAAUCGAUCGAACUGCCCAAGAAUCCGGCCAUCAUGUCACUUUCCGACAUCUUCAGUACGCUCGAGCAGAAGAAGCGCCUGGAAUCGCAGCAAGCGGCGGAAAACAAUCGUGUCGAGACGGCGGAGGGGGUCGAUGACGUGGAUCGGCUACCAACAACCGCUACGACGACGAUUCCGGCGCCAACGAUCGUACUGCUCGAUGAUGCUGUUUAUCACCGAACGACACCCGGGGGACCAAAGAUUGAACAAUCGAUCGAUCUGUCGGAUCAGUACGUACGGUAUGAGGUACACCAACCACCACCACCACAACCACCAGCGUUCUCCGGUGCUUCGGUGUCAAUGCGACCACCACCACCACCGCAGUACGGUCAGUAUCCAGUUCAGCAACCGAAUGGACAUCGUCCACAGCUUCCACCGGUGGUGGAUGGGGCAGGAGCCGGUGGUCAGUACGUCCGGUAUGAGGUUCAACCACCACAACAGAUGAACGUCGUCAAGUUUGGUUCGGUGCCGAGUAUGAACAACGUUGUCAUCAGUCCGAAUCAACACUCGGCGACGUUUGUGCUCGGAUCGCAUCAAUCCGUUGGCAGUGGCGCUGGGAAUGCUGUUGGCCACACUGACGGCCACGGUGGAGGACAUUUCGUUGGCUCGGUGUCACAGGAUUCGAUGCAAGCGACGGGUGCAUCGGCAGCAGCGCUCAGUGCACCACGGCCAUCGUACCAGAUGGGACAGGUACUGGAUGAACCGAACGAACAGGCUGCCAUCGUGGGAUCGGCUUCGGUGAGCGUUCAGGUAAAGCCACAGGACAUAAUCAAAACGACAAGCGUACGGUUCCCAAGCGAAUCCGACGAUCAGUACGAUAACGCACCGAUCAUCAGUGGAACGCACAAGAGUGAAGUGUUACCACCGAAUGGACAUUCCGCACCGAUCCGUGGACCGGAUCAGAUGUCGGUCGUGUUCCCACCACCGUCGUCCUCUUCCUCCGUUGAUCUGGAGACGGGCAGUACGCUGCACGAGGUAUCGAACCGCAUCGUGUUCGAUUCACCUUCACCACCGGCGGAAACCCUCAACCGGAACGAGCUAAACAUCGCCCCGAAUCCGAACUAUCCGGCCGAUCUACCGGAACAACUGACACCACCGGUACCUCAAUCGAACGCCGGUGGUCCACCGGGUAUGCAGCAACGUCCACCACGACCACCGGUCCCAUCGCAAGGUCCACCGUUCCGUUACAGUGAGAUCCAGCGUCGUCCAACGUACCCGAGUGGUGGUGAGCGAGUGCGGCCAACACUCCAGCUACCGAACAUACUGCCCCAGUUCCGGCCGAACGCCAAGAUAUCGCACGGUCAUGGACCUUACCUGAAGGAACCCGGUACGUACCGUGUGCCGGCCACCGGGAUGCUCGUCAAGACGGGCCCUCCAGCGUUGCGGAAACCACCGGGCUCGACGUUCCGGAUACCGGCACCACCGACACGCAUCAUGACCCGGCUCGGUCCAUCGUCACCGAGCCGGUUGCCAACGGGGGGACCAGCGGUGGCAUCGGCGGAACUGGAGAACCGUCGCUACUACCGUUUGCCACCGCAACCGGCCAUGAUCAAGGAUCGGGUUUACAACAUUCAGCCACCACGUCUGCAGCCGCCACCUCCUCCUCCUCCACAAGGAGCUGCGUCCUCGGCGGCAGGACCAGCAACAAAUGCGCCAUCCUCGCAACCGAAGGUCAACGGAGUGUCGGAACAACCAAACGAACCACUCGAAGACAGCGAGUUCCACCGAAAUCCACCACAGAUCCUGAAGAACAUCCUCCGGGAUGAGUUGAACCAACAGCGACCGAAGCUCGAACCCGUCGUAACGCUCCAGAUGCUGCAGUCCAAGAAACAAUCGACGGCCACUGGUGCGAAUGGGUUCCAGCAAUCGGUUGGACCGGCUGGAGAAACGGGUGAGCAAGCGGAGGGGCUGCCAUCGCAACCACCAUCACCACCAGCCCACCGUUCGCCUCAUCCAAUGGCAACGGCCCAGUCCGAAAGCAAAGAUCGUCCCGUGUACGUUGUGUAUCCGGUCAAGAGUACGGCUACGGGUGGUGUACGGCCCCAGCACACCUCGACCGAUGACCGAUUGAUUGGCCAACAGCCACCACCGAUGAUCAUCAGCCCGGGAACGGAGUACCAGAACACACCGUUCUCGAUUGCGUCCCACUUCGAACAGGAACCGAUCCUCGGUGCCAAGCACAAGAACCGUCACGGUGCGCACGCACAGAAGCCCAACUUCCCCUACAGUCUGGAGAAACCGGAUCCGUACACACUGACGCAGCAGCAGCAGCAGCAGACACUCGGCGAUCAUCAUCAUCAUCAUCAGGCACCAGUGCAAGAUCUCUCCGAUAGCUCUGCGCUUACCUCGGAGUACAAUCUGGGUGAGGAACCGACGGGUGGCCAGCAGACGCACCAGGAUGAUCAGGAUUUGAUUUCGAGCAAACUCCAGCGCUUCCACGGUCUGCAGCAGAUUAACGGUGCUGCCGGAGACAGUACACCGAUUGCGAUCGCUUACACACCGACGGAAUCACCGAAUGCGCCGGAUCGGAAUGGUCCGAACAUGCGUUACAACAAACCGGCCACGGGGGGUGCGGGUACCGGAGCCAACAGCUAUCCGUACUACUCGGUGUACGGUGAAACGCAGACCGAGGUGUCCCAUCUGCGCAUUGACGAUGUGGACGAGUUCGGUAAUCCGUCGCGACGGUACGAGCAGAGCUUCCAGGCACCGUUCCAGGCCAGCAUCAGUCUCGAUCCGGUCAAGGUGACCAAUCCUUAUGAGGGUUGGGCCGUUGUCACGUCCUCACCGUUGCAGCAGGCCAUGCAGCCAAGUAAACCUCAGCCGGCAGCGGCCCCCGUUGCGACGAAGCUUAUCGGACUGGAACCGGUAGCGGCAGCGCUCGGUGGUGGAGGAGAGCUACAGAAUACGAUCGAUCGUUCGGACAUUUCGUCGACUGGGGCUGAAGAGGAGGAACGGGAACAACAGCAACAGGAUGCCGAAGCGCACCAAACAGCGUCAAUCGUGACACCGUCCUCGUUCGAUCCGAACAGCUUCCAGCCGGAACUGCAGGGCGGUUUCCGGCCAAUCUACGGUGCGGACAUUAAGCUGAGCGAACAGCAGAAUCCGGAUCCACAGCGAUCGAGCCUGGCGGAUUUGUUUGCUGUGGAUGAUGCCGCGACGCAAGCGGACAGGACCUCGGAGCACGCACCGGAAACGGAGCGACCACUCGCGACGAAGCUUCAGCUUGUGAAGAACGACAGCAAACCGGCCACGGGAUCGUCGUCGUCAUCAGCGAAAUCACCGGAACCGGAGGAACACUCCGAGCCCGCCAUGGACCUCGAUCUGGAGGCUUUCUUCGAUCAGUUCACCAAGGACUACGAGGACGAGGAUGGUGGCGAACUGGACGAUGUGACGAUGAGCGAUGAGGCGAACAUGACCGGUGGUAGCAACGAGCAGCGAGCGGUCGUUGGUGAGAGUCGCAGCAGUAAGGUGGCGAUCGCUGCGGAAACGAGCAGCAGCACGGAGAAGGCCAGCCCAAGUACGGCAUCGGACACCACAGCGAGCGCAGUGGAAGGUAGCAGCACGACGGAAUCGACGACGUGA